GCCUGGAUCAGCUGCUUAUUGAUGAAGCUAAUCAAAUAUCAAUCACAAAUUCUGGGGACGCCAUCCUGUCCACGUCCUCGUCUGGCGAUGCCUUAGGCGCGCUCAUCCUGAAGCUCGUCGCGGAUAGCUGCUCUUCCCUAGGCGAUGCCUCCAAGCGGGUGCUACUCAUGGUACUGGCGGGGCUGAGGCAGUACCUUGGCUCCGGACUGCACCCGCACACCUUCCAGCAUGAUCUAGCAGCGCAGGUACUCCAGUGUGUGGUGCCCAGUGCCGUACUUCACGUGCCAUUGCCUCCAGGGGGCCCACAGCAGGGAGAUAUGGCCGUCGAGGCCCUCCACGCGCUCAUCCACACGCACCUAUGUGGCAAGGCGGGUGGCCAGGCGGCUGAGCAGCACCUGGCGGGUUGCCUGCAGGCUCUGUCCUCCUUGCGUGACUUCCCCCCCUUGGCCCGACUACCCGGAUACCCCCCCGGGCAGUCCCGGGUGCUGAGGGGUGUGGUGCUCCAGGAGGGGCCCCUGGUGGGGCUCGGGGCAGCGGGGCUGCUGCUAAGGCAGUGGGGGGACCACGGGGAUACUGGCGGACAGCAGGAGGGCGGGCGAGUGGAGGGAAUGUUUGGGAGGAGGAAUGUACGGAUGGCGCCCCCCGGGGUGCGGCCCCUCCCCGCCUUCCUGGCGCUGUCCUGCCCCCUGGACGGAGAGGACAUCACCUGCGUGUCAGCCGGGGGGGGCGUCACGGCAGGCAUUAGUGCGGUUGCCGCGGCCGCGGCUGGUGGCACCGGUGUGCCCUGCACGGGCCCGGCAGCGGCCAUCCGAGUGUCUUCUGAGGCGGCACGUCGUGAGGCCGAGGAGGCGAUUGUGGAGCUGCUGCGGCAGCGCGUGGCACUCCUGGCUGACCGGGGUGUGCAGCUGCUGCUGCUGUGUGGCCGGCCGCCGCCCGUAGCGGUGCAGCUCUGCCACCAGUACGGCAUUUGUCUCGUGGCGGGGCUGGACGAGGGGGAUGUGGCGCGCGCGUGUGCCGCCGGGGGGGGUGCGGCGCCGCUGACGCGAGCUGGGCUGUCGGUGCUGUCGGCGGCUCCGCUGGGCCGGGCGGCGGCUGCCCGGGUGGUGGGACUCGGACCCCGGCGGCGGGCUGUGCUGCUGGAGUUUAGUGAGGAGCAGUGGCGGGCUGCGGGCCAGGCCGCCUGCACCUUGCUGCUGUGUGGCGUCACCGAGGUGUCGGUACGGCAAUCAGUGCGCGCUGUACGGCGCUGCUUGAUUUCCAUUACCGCUGCAAUUGGCACCAUGGCAAGACACGGCGAGGAAGAUGGUGGUGGUGCCGCUGCAGGAGGCGGCGGUGCUGCGACACGUCCCUGCGGCGGCGGAGGCGAUGGCGAUGGUGAUGGUGCUGGCGGUCGCGGUGGUGAGGGGGCCCCCGGUGGUGGCGAAUGUUUGGUGUUUGUUGCGGGCGGUGGCGGCUUCGAGGGCCUUUUGGAUCUCCAGCUGCGGGAGCUAUCCGACGUGGCCAGGAGAGGGUUGACCUCCGCUGGGGCGCACGAGGUGUGGGACCAGCAGGAGGAGGAGGAAGAGGAGGAGGGGGGGGAGGGGGAGGCGCCAGAAGAAGAAGGAAAAGGAGAGGAUGCUUCAGCGGCUGCGGAGGAGGGCGAUGCGGGGGAGGCUGCAGCAGCGGAGGCGAAACUGGCCAGUGAGCUGUUGGCCUCGUUGAAGGUACUUCAAGCCAUGGCGGCAGCUGUGUCCGUAGCCUUGACGGGACCCGCCACCGGUGGAGGGGAAAAAGGUGGGAGCGGAUCUCGGCGGCGAGCUCAGCGAGAAGCCCUGCUGCAGGUCCACGCAUUGCGGCAAUGUCAGACUGCGGCGCUGCAGCAGGGGCCGCUGGUCUGCUGCGGCCUGGUGGUGCCCUCGGCGGCCUUCUCCUUUCACGGAAGAGCGCUUCGGGGCAUCGGCUCCGAAGGUCCAGCAGCAGCCGCCGCAGCAGCUCCGCAGGCUCCCGGGAUUGGCGAGGAAGGGCAAGAAGGCGGCAUCCAUUGCAGGAUGACGUUCGUACGCGCGAGACCAGUCCUUGGUGGGCACAGCUUUACCAUGGUACCUAGUGCAGCAGCAUACGGAGUGGUGGAGCCCGCGGCGGUGGUGGCGAGCGCCUGGAGCCAUGCUGUUGACAUUGUACGGCAGGUGGUGCGCAUCGAUGGGGGCCCAGUGGCGGCGGUCUCCCGUCAGAGUCGGCAGGCAGGCGGUGAUAAACGGCUGGGCCCCGUGGUGGCGGUGGCUGGACCAGGCCCAGCCCUGACCUGCUCGGCUAGCGGCCUGGAGCCCGACAGGACACCGGGACUACCGGCACUCAGUACCCUGUGA